AUGAGGCCGCCCCUCGCGGCGGAAAUGCAGGGUGCAGCUUCCGAAACCCACCAUUCCUUGCAUCAAGGGCCUUCUGAAUGGCUCUGCACGUCACUAUCGAGAGGGUGCCUUGGGAAACACCAGCUCCUGCUAUCCCGGUACGAAGUUCACCGUAGCGGGAAAGGCUUCUUGCUUUUUGCCUCUUCGAGCUCUGACCACCUGCGGAAGUCCAAGCGACAACAACGCGCGAUAACCCAAAUAUAUCUGCCACCCUUUGCGAAGUACAAAGUACAACUCCAACAUCAGGGUCAUUUGCCACAAAGUGUGAUUUUUGACAGCUUGUUCAUACUUUAUGAUAUAUCGACUUAUCACACGGAACUAUUCCCCUCCCUCCCAUCAGAACAUCCCAGCAAUAUCGGAUGGGGCGGUAUCCUUCCUGCUACAUGUCUCUCCCCUGCUGCAGACCCGCGAACCGAAAGUUUGGAUACCAACGCCUCUAGUUAG